GCUCACAAGACAGCUCUCUUGUUAAAACCCAGAGCGUAUUGGCUAAACAAAUCAAUAAAAAGCAAAGCAACCCUUCUCUCUAUACGGUCUCUGUCUCUGAAGAAUGCAAAGACAAUCUCUAGGCUCACCAGCAACCAAGCUCCACCCCCAUGGAGGAGCCGAUACUCUCUUACCAAACGACACUAAACCAGUAUUCAAGGACCUACCUCCUUCUACUUCACUCGCACCCGACGCUGACGACUUAGAUCACAAAUCAACAAAACCACGCCGAUUCUUUUCUUCUUCAUCCGAACUUGCAUCUGCGCCUCCAAAACCAGAGAAACUCAUUCACCUCAUUCCUUUCCUCACCCUCUUUUGUUUCCUUGUCCUCUUCCUUGUCUCCCAUACUCCUUCUCAAUCAGAUUUGGCUCAGUUUAAUGGAUUCUCUAACCAUAUAGAAGCAGCGAGUGAGAGUAUUGGUGGAUUAAGUGAGGUCCGAAGAGGCGAUGCCUUGGCGACUCGAAGUUUCGGAAACUUGCCAGAGAUUGCUGCCGACGAACUCACCUCCCUCAAAUACCGCUUUCACCGAAAACUCGCCCAUUUCUAAGCCGCCUUUUUUGGCUCUUUCUCUUUUUAUUACCUCUGCUGCCCGUCCCUCACAGCGCAUCGCCCGUGCGAUGUCUGCUUGCUUACACGUGCGUUUUAUCCACACACACUCGCACGUAUUCAUUUAAUUAAAUUCCAUGUGAUAUUUUUUUAAGAACAAUGAUCUUAUUUACGUUCGGCGAAGAGGACCUCUGUUUACAGCGCUUCUUUCAUCGUUUUUAUUGAAAAGCAUAACUAGCAAUAGAUUUUUCUCGGAGAAAUAUAGAUAAAAAAGAAUACAAUGCUAUGAGGAGUGCGUACGUUAGUGUUGUAGCGAUGAAGUAUGUUAGAGUGCGCCUAAAGCGGUGAUUGGGAUCCAGCUGGAGAAGUGGACCGUUAUGGCAGUUAUGGCAGUACGUCCUUCCCUCGAAUGGUUGGGAAAGCCAGCUGGAAAGUAGGGUGGCGUGUACUCUCUGAUGGUAUCAGGUGCUACCGUGUUUUGAGGCAGGGAACAAUUUCUACAGGUAGGCUGAACCAGGCAAAAAGAUAGCAGACAGUCAUGCACAAACAGAGCCAUUCAGAGAAGUGAGAGGAACUGGAAAUUAGACGAAAUAACAUGGAAUAACUUGGAACGGGAGCUCUCGCUACACAAUUUAUAAACAGUGCCCGAAGAAUGGCAUGAGCCCUCGAAAGAUGCAUCAAUGUAGGAGGUGCCUGUGAUUGAUAUUUGAUUUUAAAUUUCAUUUUAUUCUUCUCUA